UCUGCACCCACGGGGACAGACAGAAAGACAGAAGCAACUUCUGUGUGGCACCUGAUGGCCUUGGGUCUCUGAGGGAGCUUUGGGGGGCUGCCCUGUCCUGGCUGACGCUGUCCGUGUGGUGAGGGGGAGGCACACGCUGACAGUUAACUGAAGAAUCUGAACUCCACCCCUCUCCCCUCACGGGGGCUGGGGUGGGCUCCUCUCCAGCAGGAGCUGAGGGUAGGGACAGGAGCAUCUAGAUUUCCAGUGUGUCUUACAGAACGUAAGCCCUGACAAUUCUGGGCCUAGCCCAUGGCUGAUGAGCUGCCCUCGUUAGCUGCCAUGAGCUUGCCAGCUUGCCAUAGUCCUCACCCCUCUCUAGUGUGUCCCUGACAAGACAUUUCAUAUUCCACAUUCUGCUUACCUAGUUCUUUCCUCACCUGUUUCCUGGCACAGAAGCCAUCCUCGGUCCCAGAUGUUGGCAAACAUUUUCUGUGACAGCCCAGAUAGUAAAGAUGUUGAGCUUUGUGGGUCAUAACAUCUCUAUUGCCCCUUACCGUCCAGCCCUGCUGUCCUAGCGGGAAAGCAGCCACAGACAGGUGGCGUCCAGAGGCCUGGAGCUGAGAUGGAUUUGGCGGAAGACCUGGGGAAGGAGCUGGAGACCACAGCCCAGGAAGUGCUGGGAAAACUGAGGAGCCAUACGCUGUUCCAGUCCAAGUGGGACACCGCUGCCCUCAUCAUCUUCCUCAUCUUCCUUGGCACCGUGUUGCUCUUUCUGCUGCUUGUUUGUAUCCACUGUUGCUGCUAUAGCUGCUGCAGCCGCCGUGUCUCCAGACCCCAGAAGCUCCUUGGCAGCCUGGAGGACCCCUCGAAAGGUGGCACGGUGAGGCCAGGGCCUCAGUCAUUGGGUAUCCCACCAGCUGCCAACUAUCAGGGAUCCCCAGCCUGGACCCCACUCACUCAGAAGGACGGACAGACAGACAGACGCUCCAGGUAAAGUCAGAUGAUCUUUAUUUCCUGGAGGCCUUGUCGGGGACACGGAGCAAAUAAAUGCGAGGGCGCCACAGCUCAUGGUGGGCGGUUUCCAUCUGCCCUCCUGGCUCACAGCUUAGGGCCACCAUCCCCUCCUCACCCUCCACGGGCUGCCUCUCAUCAUCUUGGGGCAGCUCAGAAGGCAGAAAAAGGAUGGGGAAGGAGAGCCCUGGGCCUGGCCCCACCCUGGGUCCAAAGGUUGCCACUGUGCAAGGAAGGCAGGGUUUGGAAUGUGGGCCACCUCUGGGCUCUGCCUCCCUGACCGCCCACCUUCCUGACCCCCCGCUCCCACCCCUGCAAAAUGAAAAGCAAGCCAGCGUCCCUGUCUUUCAGCGUUUCCAGUGUUCAUUUCCAUUUGUGCAAAUGUGAUGGACAGGAUGGGAUAAAGAGGGAAAUAAAUAGUCCAUGCUGCCCG